GUCUCUCUCUCUCUCUCUUCCUUUCAACCUCUCUCUUCCUCCUCCCGAAAACCCUAACCCCGCCCCACUCUCUCUCCUAGGGUUUCUGCUCUACUAUUCAUAGCGAUGGAUCAUCUAAACAUGUCCCUCGACGACAUCAUCAAGACCUCCAAGAAACCCGGAUCCGGCAACAACCGCGGCGGCCGCGGCCGGGCUGCCUCAGGUCCCGGACCCGCCCGCCGCUUGCCCAAUCGCGCCGGAAAUCGUGCGACGCCGUACGGCGGCGCCAAGGCGCCGGAGUCCACGUGGCAGCACGACAUGUUCGCGGAUCAGGGAGCGGCUUACAGUGCAGCUCCGGCUGGCAGAGCCUCCGCCAUCGAAACUGGAACCAAGCUCUACAUCUCUAAUCUCGACUAUGGCGUCUCCAACGAGGACAUCAAGGAGCUGUUUGUUGAGGUUGGUGACCUGAAACGCUAUGGGGUGCAUUACGACAGAAGUGGCAGAUCCAAGGGAACCGCAGAUGUAGUCUUCUCACGAAGACAGGAUGCUGUGGCUGCUGUUAAAAGAUACAACAAUGUGAUGCUUGACGGGAAACCGAUGAAGAUAGAGAUUGUAGGAACAAACAUCUCAACACCUGGUGCGCCUCUCGCUCUGCCUCCAGCUGCAAAUGGUGCUUUCAGAAAUUCAAAUGGAGCUCCCCGGGGUGGACAGGGUAGAGGUGGUGCUUUCAACCGCCCUCGUGGUGGGGCUGGCCGUGGUCCUAGACGGGGCCGUGGUGGACGUGGAAGAGGAGGGCGUACUGGUGAAAAGGUUUCUGCUGAAGACCUUGAUGCUGAGCUGGAGAAGUACCAUGCAACUGCAGAAACAAUGCAAGAGUAGAAUACAAGCAAUUCUGUUUUAUUUGGCCGUAUCACAUCUUCUGUGGCCAUUAGGUGCUUGGUGAUUUGACAGCCCUCAUCUAUGUUGUGUAUUUCUAUCAAAGUCCUACUUUCUAUUGAGAGAGAGAAACUAAGAGUAGGAAGACUUUUAGAAUCUUGCUUAUGGAGUCUGGGCUCUUAUUAUGUUUGUUUAAACAUGGGUAUGAAAUAUGUGGGUUAAUGGACAGUGGCAGUACUUUAUCUGAACCCCCACUUUUGGACUCAUUAGCUUCUUCAGUCCUCUUUUAUACUCAUCAAGUUGGGGUAUGGAGUUGGGGAGAUUGUCUCUAUCUCCACGCACAAAGACAAUUCUUGCUGCAAGGUGUGAAAGGGUUGAGCCUUAAAGAAAUCACACACUGCUGCGAUGUGUUUGGUUCUACUGCAUGUUAAGUGGCGUACUUCACAUGAGUGAUCAUUGGAGCAUAAUUCAGGUUCUUUGAGUUCUAUUCUUUUACCGUGAUGUCCCACAUUUGAGCAGCUUAUGGAUUUGAGUCUUUAAAUUGACUUGCUGGCUUGAGUCUCAUGAAAAAUCAUAUCGGCCGUACACGGGUGGUUAGUGCAGUAGAAAUAUUGAAUCUUUAUAGUUUUGCCUACAGCUUCAUCUGCAAAUGCUAUUGCCUGUACACUUGUUGAUACAUCUUGGAGGAGGGGUUGGCGCCGCUUUACCUGCACUUAUUAUAUGUUGCUAACUAACUCAUACCAGCCUUUGCUGCUCAGACAAUUCUGCUUUUUGAAUUUAAUUGCUAUGGAACCGGAGGAUGCUGGAAUAAGUGAUUGAUAGCU